AUGUCGCAACAUAAGAACGUUGUUAUCAUUGGUGGAGGAGUGGCCGGUUUGUAUGCUGCCAAAACACUUUCGGAUAACCAAGUUUCGAAUUUUAUAAUUUUGGAAGCAAGUUCAAGACUUGGAGGAAGAGUUUGCUCUGAUUCCGAAAGAGGUAUCGAAUUAGGAGCUGAAUAUGUUCAUGGAGAGGAAACUAUUUUGUGGGAUAUUUUGGUCAACCAAUUAAAUGUGGAAUUGGAAUUUAAUCAUGACAUGACAAAACUAACUCCAAAAGAAUGUGGAUUGGGAUUAGUAGUUGAAUUGGAUGAAAUUCUUGAAAAGCUAAUAAAUGAUGAAGAGCUAAAAUUUGCAAAAGAUAUGACACUUAAGGAAUGGCUGAUUUGGAGGGAAAUUCCAGAAAAGUAUCACUUGUUAGUUGACUCAACAAUUGCCCAGGAAAAUGCAACUUGUAUUGAUGUGUACAGCGCUAAGGGAGCUCAAGAAGAUUUAAUUGCUGAGUUUAAUAGUGAAUUUGGAGAUGGGAAUUACUUUCUUAAGGGAAAGAAUACUUUGGAAAAUUUGAUAAUUCCAUAUUUGGUUAAAUCCAUCCAACAAGAACAAAUUAGAUUGGAUUAUGCUGUGGAUUCCAUUGAUUACACUUCCAACCAAAUCAAAAUUAAUGGAGGCGAUAUUAUUUGUGAUAAGAUUAUCCUCACUGUUCCAUUAACAACUUUACAACAUAAUUUAAUUCAAUUUACUCCAGAUUUAUCACCAAUCAAAAAGCAUUUAAUUCAAAAUCAAUUCAACAUGAAUGGUGGCACCAAGAUUAUUCUCAAUUAUAAGAAACCAUUUUGGAGAGAACAAUUCCCAAAUGUGAAUGUUGUUUGUGUUGGAGAUGAUGAUCCCUUAAUUUCUCAAUUCUGGUUUUCGAGCACAUCUGAGGAACAAUCUGAGAAAUUUGGACACGUAAUUACUGGAUUUUCAAUGAGUAAUAGAGCAAAUUAUGGAAUUGUGAUGGGAGAGGAGAAGGUUAAGGAUCAUUUCAGAAAAAUGAUUCAAAAUAUUUGUGGAUUAACAAGUGAAAAUGAUGGAUUUAUUGGUGGAAUGGUAAGGAAUUGGCAAGAUGUUGAGCACAUUUCUGGAGCUUAUGCAUCGGUCAAUACUUCAGAAGAAUCGAGACAAAACUAUAUUGGAAACCCUAGAUUGGCCCUCUCUCAACCUAUUGAAUCAAAGAUUUAUUUUGCAGGUGAAUUGUUCUGUACUCAUUCGCCUGCUACUAUUCAUGGAGCAAUGGAAACUGGAAGAGAUGCUGCUUUGAGAGUAAUAGCCGAAAUGUAA